GAAGACAGGUAGAUCGGCAUGUCCCAAGGAUUAUUGAGCCCAGGCUUCACCUAGAAGAACAAGCACUGCCAAGACUUCUGUUUGUUUUUGGGUUUGGUUUUUUGUCUUCAAUCAAAGUUUUCUUGUGAAUUUGUUGAAAGUUUUUGGGUUUAACUAGAACUCAAGGGUUUUGUUCUCUUACCUGGAUGUUCGAAUAAGAGACGUUGUGACUUUGGCUCAGUCACCGCCGUCUGGAUUCAUGUCGUCACUGAAAGCUCGCUUCCAGUCUCCUGUUGGAUCUAUUGACAUGUAGAAAGAAGAAAAUGUCCAGGGUCAAGAUGUACAGCUCGCACGCUCUUGCUUACCUGUGCGUGUUGAUAACGGCGGCGGUCGGCAACGACAUGCUGGACCGUUGUUUGACGAGUAAUAAGAAAUACACCAUGAACGUUGUGUUGCUGGAGGACAACAGCUACGGAUGGAGUCGGCCGUUUGUUCAGGCGGCCGUGGAGCAAGCCAUCGAGGUGGACAGGAAGGAGAACAUUAAACAUGGCCUAAACUUCACGCUGACGGCCAACUACAACGGGUUCAACACCACCGUGUACAACCGGCAGGGCUGUGGCAGCAGCACCUGCGAGGGGGUGGCCAUCCUCAAACUGCUAACUAGUAGCAAUGAAGUUGGAUGCGUCAUGCUUGGUCCGUCCUGCACUUACGCCACAUUCCAGCUGGUAGAUGAAGAAAUCGGCUUGCGUCUGAGCAUCCCCAUCAUCUCUGCCGGCAGCUUCGGCCUCUCGUGCGACUUUAAGCCCAAACUGACCCGGAUUCUGCCCCCGGCGAGAAAGGUCUCUGACUUUCUCGUCAACUUUAUGAACGAGUCGCUGCCGUUUAAGAAAGUGUGGAGCAACGUGUACGUCUACAAGAUGUCCACUAACGCGUCCGAGGACUGUUUCUGGUACAUCAACGCACUGGAAGCACCUUCCGCCAAGUUUGCCUCAGGUACAAAUAGAGAGAUGCUGCGAACAGAGAAAGACCUGAUAGAAGCUCUGACGUCCAAGAAAAGACACAGCAACAUUUUCAUCUUAUGUGGGAGCGUUGACAACGUAGUUUCAAUAAAGAAUAAGGCCGGUCACAUUAGCGAAGACAUCAUGUUCAUUCUUCUCGAUGUUUACAACCCUGAGUAUUAUGUCAACGAAACAUCUGCCGCGGGUAUGCAGAACGUCCUGGUUAUCACUCUGCCGCAGAGGAACUACGUCUACAGCUCCCACUCCCACUCAUACAACGACACGAUAAAUGACUAUGUGGCUGGAUAUCAUGAUGGAGCGCUGCUGUUUGGAAAGGUGCUCAGAGAGAGGAUGCUCAGUCAGAGAAAGAAGACGGUGCGUCUGAGAGACAACCCGUUCGGAAACGUCUCCUUUGACGGAAUGGGAGGACACUAUGUGCUCGAUGAAUACGGCGACAGAGACGUCAACUUCUCCGUGAUUUACACAUCUACUCUCACUGGGAAGUACGAAACGCUGCUGGUGUUCGAUACAUCGAAGAAUGGAACCAUCACGGUGACUGAAAACCCUAACCUGAUUUGGAGAGGGUCUGUCCUACCCCUGGACAGGCCAGAUAGUCAAGACGGCUUAGACAUCCAGGAUGUGACUUUGAUCGUUCUGAGCCUCAGUGUUGUCGUGGUGACCGUCAUCGCUCUCAUCUUCUACAGGCAGAACAGAAAAGAGCGACGCAUUCAGAAGAAGUGGUCUCACAUCGAGCCACACCUGAUAGCUCCUCUGGAUGAGAGGGAGGUCUCUCUGAAGAUUGAUGAAGAUAAGAGGAAGGACAGUACGUACUUCUCCUCCAGAGGCCGCUACGACAAAAAGCCCGUCAUCUUGAAAGAGCUGAAACGCAACGAUGGAGACUUCACCGACGACCAGAAAAUAGAGCUCAACACUCUGAUGCGCAUUGACUACUACAACCUGACUAAGUUUUAUGGCACGGUGAAGUUUGAAUAUGGCGUGUUUGGGGUGUUUGAGCUUUGUCAGCGAGGCUCCCUCAGGUACAUUCUAAAUGACAGGAUAUCGUACCCUGAUGAAACCUUCAUGGACAUGGAGUUUAAGAUAUCGGUCAUGUACGACAUAGCAAAGGGCAUGUCGUACCUCCACUCCAGUAACGUCGGAGUCCACGGGCGUCUCAAGUCCACCAAGUGUGUGGUAGACAACCGCAUGGUGGUCAAGAUCACCGACUAUGGCUGCCACACCAUCCUGAAGCCUGGCAGAGACUUGUGGACGGCCCCAGAGCAUCUUCGCAAUGACGGCGUGUCUCAAAAAGGCGACGUCUACAGCUACGCCAUCAUUGCCCACGAGAUUGUUACGAGACAGCCUGUGUUCUACACACAGUACUGCUCUGAUAAGAUAGAGAAGAUCUACAGAGUGCAGUACCCCACUGACAACAACGUCUUCAGACCGGAAUUCAGCUUUGAGGGUGCGUCCGAGAGGGAGGUUGAGCUGUACAUGCUGAUAAAGAGCUGCUGGGAUGAAGAUCCAGAACGGAGGCCAGAUUUUAGAAGAAUAGAGUUAACGCUGGGAAAGAUUUUCAGUAACUUGCACAACCAAGCCACUGAGACGUACAUGGACAACCUGAUCCGUCGUCUGCAGAUGUACUCGAGGACUCUGGAGCAUCUGGUGGAGGAGAGAACCUCUUUGUACAAAGCUGAGAGGGACAGAGCGGAUCACCUCAACUUCAUGCUUCUCCCACGCCCGGUGGUUCGUUCCCUGAAGGAGACGGGCCGAGUGGAGCCGGAGCUGUUUGAGGAGGUGACCAUCUACUUCAGCGACAUCGUGGGAUUCACCACCCUCUGCCACUACAGCACGCCAAUGGAGGUGGUGGACAUGCUCAACGACAUCUACAAGAACUUUGACAGCACCCUUGAUCACCACGACGUCUACAAGGUUGAGACAAUAGGAGACGCCUACAUGGUCGCAUCAGGUUUGCCCAAACGCAACGGCAACAGGCACGCAGUGGACAUCGCCCACAUGGCCCUGGACAUCCUGUCAUUCGUAGGGACGUUUGAGUUGCAGCAUCUGCCUGGGAUUCCUCUGUGGAUCCGUAUUGGUGUACAUUCAGGACCUUGUGCAGCGGGAGUCGUCGGGAAUAAGAUGCCUCGCUACUGCCUUUUUGGAGACACGGUCAAUACCGCCUCGCGCAUGGAGUCUACAGGCCUGCCUCUAAGAAUUCACGUUAGCCAGUCCACCAUCAACAUCCUGCAGAGGACGGACUGCAAGUUUGAGUAUGAACAGAGAGGAGAGACGUACCUAAAGGGUAAAGGCAAAGAAAUGACAUACUGGUUAACAGGGGUGACCGGGGGAAAGUACAACCUGCCGACACCACCGACAGCGGAGAACUUCCAGCGGCUCCAGCAGGACCUGGCAGAGAUGAUCGUGUCCAGCCUGGAGAAGCGUGGCGACAUAGGCGAAGGCUUCGAGAAGAGAAAGACCCUUUCCACAAAAAUCCGCCGCAGAGAGACCAACAGCAGCGUGCAGAAAGACAGCCCGCCCGAGUACUUCCACCUGGCCGUCACCGACAACCCCAGCACCUACCUGUGAUCUCAAAGAAGAUGCCGUAGACGUUCGUCAACCCCCGUUUUGUUCGUUUUUGGACAGUUGUUUUCGUUCAGGUUGGAGUGAGUGGAAUGUUAAAGGGAGACUCUUAACAUAUGUGUUGAUGUUCUGAUCAGCGUGUUUUUUUUCCCACUACCACAUAAAUUAAAUGCUUUUAAGACAUCAUUUUAUCCGAUCGAUCAGUAAAAGGAAGCGUGUUCCCCUCCCUCAGGUACGAAUUGAAACAUUUGGUUUGUUUAUUUUAAGCCAUUCCUCUUUCAGUGUCUUGUGAACUGCGUAGGUCUUUGUGUUUGUAUUUUGAUGUCACUGCUCGGAAAGUCAAACAUUUAAAAUUUUCCAACUGUAAA